AUGACGGGCAAUACAAAGGGGCACACCAUACUACCACUACUUCCCAACCACUACAUCCCAACCACUACAUCCCAACCACUACAUCCCAACCACUACAUCCCAACCACUACAUCCCAACCACUACAUCCCAACCACUACAUCCCAACCACUGUAUCUCAAUCAACCACUACAUCCCAACCACUACAUCCCAACCACUACAUCCCAACCACUACAUCCCAACCACUACAUCCCAACCACUACAUCUCAACCACUACAUCUCAACCACUACAUCCCAACCACUACAUCCCAACCACUACAUCCCAACCGCUACAUCCCAACCGCUACAUCCCAACCGCUACAUCUCAACCACUACAUCCCAACCACUUCAUCCCAACCACUACAUCCCAACCACUACAUCCCAACCGCUACAUCCCAACCACUACAUCCCAACCACUACAUCCCAACCACUACAUCCCAAUCACUAUAUCCCAACCACUACAUCCCAACCACUACAUCCCAACCGCUACAUCUCAACCACUACAUCCCAACCACUUCAUCCCAACCACUACAUCCCAACCACUACAUCCCAACCGCUACAUCCCAACCACUACAUCCCAACCACUACAUCCCAACCACUACAUCCCAACCACUACAUCCCAACCACUACAUCCCAACCACUACAUCCCAACCACUAUAUCCCAACCACUACAUCCCAACCACUACAUCCCAAUCACUACAUCCCAACCACUACAUCCCAACCGCUACAUCCCAACCACUACAUCCCAACCACUACAUCCCAACCACUACAUCCCAACCACUACAUCCCAACCACUACAUCCCAACCACUACAUCCCAACCACUAUAUCCCAACCACUACAUCCCAACCACUACAUCCCAAUCACUACAUCCCAACCACUACAUCCCAACCGCUACAUCUCAACCACUACAUCCCAACCACUUCAUCCCAACCACUACAUCCCAACCACUACAUCCCAACCGCUACAUCCCAACCACUACAUCCCAACCACUACAUCCCAACCACUACAUCCUAACAUAAGCAACACUCUGUACGGCAGUGCUAAACAACCGAAGAGAACAGCACAACUAUUUUUCCAGUCUGCUAAAUAA